GUGUGGAUGGAGCUGCCACUGAACACGGACCUCCAAAUCUUAACCAACUUCACAUGACAGUGGAUGGAUAGUCUCUGCAUUAUGGAGAUGUUGGUCUGCCACUGCUUUGCAUCAGUCAUUCUGAAAGGAAUCAUUUGUUUGUUGGUUCUCGGUCAGUGUCAUAAUGGCGACUUGAGAGCAUCUCCUGAACUCAACAGAGAACAUGAGUCUUCUUCACAGCAGAACCCAUCUCUUCAAAGUAGGAAUCACAAGCAAGACGCCAAACUCCCCAUUAGUUCCUUCAUCCCUUUUCCCAAGCAGGGAUUUUGGGAAAUACUAGCUGGACACUCCCAGUCACACUCCAACUCUUCCUUGAAGCUCAAGCUUCGGCCCAUCAUGAAAGUUCACGGUACAUCCAAAUUCUCCCGAAAGUUCAGUUGGGGAGAUUUUUACUCCAACAUCAAGACGGUCAAACUGAACUUGCUGAUAAUGGGGAAGAUCGUGGAUCAUGACAAUGGCUCUCUUGGUGUGUACUUCCGCCACAACUCCACCGGUGUGGGCAACAUCUCCAUCAGCCUUGUCCCACUGACGAAAGAAGUGGAGUUUGACCUACAGCGCCAAAGUGUGGUCAACCCAAAAGACUCCAAGGCGUUCAGCUGCUGGGUGGACUACGAGAAAACUGAGCGCAACAAGAAGGUGAUGCUGUGCAACUACGACCCAUCAAAGACGUGUGAUCAGGAGCAGACUCAGAGCUAUGUCACCUGGAUGUGCUCCAAACCUUUCCAGGUCAUCUGCAUCUAUGUGUCUUUCUACAGCACAGACUACAGACUGGUGCAGAAAGUGUGUCCGGACUCCAGUGACCAGAAUCCAGGAGCCUACCUGCCCUCUGGAUAAAACGAGGCAUUCAAGUUUCAAUACUCGCGCACGCAAAGAGGAGUUCAGUUAAAGCGUAACUUUGUAAGUCUGGUCGCUUUUUUCACCUUUAUCUCUACGGAGCUCUAUAGUCCUAGUCCUCUACGUCCUGCUGACACUCCCCCUUCCCUUCCUGUCUUCAAACCCAAGCCAUGGAGCCAUGUCCAUGCUGGACAACAUCUGUUUUGCAUGCUUCUGUGUUUUUAAUUCUCACCAUUCAAA